AUGGGUCUUUCCAACAAAAUGAACACUCCCAAAGAUGAGGAGAGCCUGCCUCUCUACAGCAACCUAGAAUACGAUGMUAUCAAUCCAGGUCUCCCCCUUACUCUCCCCGAAGCAACCGCCACCCCAGAUGUUGUGCGAGAUUUCCUUGUUCGCCUUCUCGUAACUCGUCGGAGUCUCCCUCUCGACCAAGCACGUCGUAUCGCUGCUCGCUGGAAUAUGGGUAGCGGACGUGAGUUGUGGAUAUACUCUCCCGCAAUGUACAACACCAUCUUCGGGCCCGAGGACGGCUGGGUGGUCUGCAAGGAUGUAAAAGUGUUGUACAAUCAAACAGAGCAGGCGAAGAAGGGGUUUUUGCGUCGUCAUAUUGCUGACAUUAUCGCUGUCGUCUUGGUUCUCUGGAUUGUCUCCCUUGUAACCURGGCUAUCGUUGAUUAUCAUUCAGAAGGUCAACUGGUUAUUAUCGUUUUUGGUACGAUCUUUGGCGCCGUGGGACUGCUGUUUGCGGUUGUCGUYGGAUAUGUGGAACGGAACAGAAAUGCGGAGAAUGAUGUUGAAGCGGAACUUCAGCGGUCAUUCUUUACCAACAACGGCACGAUCCCGCAGCACGGGGUGCACAACUGA